CCCACUCCAAGAGCACCACAUAACAUAUUAUUUACUGAAGUCUAAAGCCUGUGACCUGGAGGAUGUCCAAGCUCUUAAGAGCCUGGACUCAUACAAUUAUUUAAUUAGUGGCAAAGUGGGGCGGCUUCUUGUCUACCAAACAGACAGUGACACCUGCUUUCUAAAGGGAACGGUUUCACCUUCCCAGGCAGAUGAAUAUCGGCCGUACCAGGCGUGGGUGUGCGUGACAAGCGACUGUCGCGUUCUCUGGGGCUCCUGCACCUGCAAGGUUGGCUUAACAAGAGUAUGUAGCCACGUUGGUGCUAUACUAUGGAAAAUAGAAUUUGCAAAUCGGAAAGGUCUCACGGGACAAAGUUGCACGGACAGGAGUGCCAGUUGGAACCAUGGUACCAAAAGAAAUGUCGUACCAUCACAGGUACUAGACAUGGACUUCAGCAUGGCAAAGAACAUCAUGCACGCAUCACCCACAAACAGAAAGGUCUCAGUGCCACGUUACGAGGACCACAAGACGUACGUAAAAGCUAUGAAAGAGAGUGAAAUAGCACCGCUGCUUGACAUCAGAGGCAGUUUGCUGCAUCAGACUGUUUUUGCCAGUUUGCCAUCAAAUGUGCAGACCAGUUGUUGCAGUCAAAGGGACACUGUGCCUGAACAUGGUUCCCACAAUGAACCAGAGUUGCUUGCGUGUGAGUUGUGCUUUGAAUUCUACAGUCAGUGGGUGAAAAUCGAAGAAUCGUCAAGGCAAAGGCUCAUGAAGUUGACGUGCCAACAGAGUGGUGACCUAUGGCAAGCAAGUCGUAAGCUUCGACUCACAGCAUCAAACCUUUCCAAAGUUCCCCGCAGAAAAGACACUGCGCCGGACAAGUUCAUAAAGUCAUGCCUGUUCAGUACGUUUCGGGGCAACAAGGCAAUGAGUCAUGGAAAGAAAUUUGAACCAGUCGCAAGGAAGGCCUUCGAAAAUAGCUAUGGUGUUUGUGUGGAGCUGUGUGGAACAGUGGUGAGUGCAACUCACCCAUUCUUAUCAGCAAGUCCUGAUGGACUGGUGGGCACUGACAGUAUUUUGGAAAUAAAGUGCCCACAUACAGAAGACUGUGUGCAGUUUGUUCACACCUGUAAGUACGAUGUCAGGAGGGACACUGAUGGUAGAUAUUACCUUGCUAAAGAAGGAAAGAAUGGAUACUACAUGCAAGUUCAAUUUGUGAUGUUUUGCUCUGAGAGAUCAAAAUGUUACUUUCAUGUAUGGUCAGCACUGAAUUCUAUUAUAAUUGAGGUGACCUAUGAUGUAGAGUAUGUUGCCAUGCAUAUCACAAGGUUCAGUGAAUUUUACUUUAGACAUUAUUUGCCCAGGCUUGUUGAUGCUGUAAAUUCCAAGAACUUGGCACUCACUGAUGAAUAUAAGGUACUGUGUUCAGAACGGUAAACUCAGAACAGAAUAAACUGCAGGUCACUGGAACACAA